AUGGACGCCGGCAUCAUAAUAAAGAAGAAAAAGUGGGUUAUUUGGAGUCGUCCGAGGAUCAGGUGGGGAGCUUUGUCGAAAGAUAAAGCGCAGGUGUUGGAGAGGAAGUUGAUGGAUAUGGGGCCUGAAAGAGUUCAAAGAAAAGUGGAGGCCAAGAAAGCGGCAUGCUUGAAGUUAGUGGAGAGCUCAGAUGAGGAGGAGAGAAGAGCGAACAGAGAAGGGUACAAGAAGGCUAGGAAAGAGGCGAAACUAGCGGUCACAAAGGACAAAAAUGCAAUGUUUGGUGGCUUGUAUGAAGAAUUAGGGGAUAAAGGCGGGGACAAGAAGUUAUUUCGGCUGGCCAAGGUGAGAGAGAGAAAGGCACGUGAUUUGGAUCAAGUGAGGUGCAUCAAGGACGAGGAUGGCAAAAUUUUAAUGGAUGAGGCUCAGAUUAAGCAGAGAUGGCAGACUCACUUUCACAAACUUCUUAACGAGGAGGGGACAGAGAUAUUGUGUUGGGCGAUUUGGAGCACUCCGAGAGUCGCCGUGAUUUUGGGUAUUGUAUUUAAGGUCGAUGGGUCGUGGGGGGCUAUGUGUAAGAAGAGCAGGGGCAGAGCGACUGGGCCAGAUGAAAUUCCGGUUGAGUUUUGGAGGUAUGUGGGUAGAGAGGGCGUAGAGUGGUUGUCGGGAUUGUUUAACGUUAUUUUUAGGACGAAGAAGAUGCCAGAGGAAUGGAGAUGGAGUACGAUGAUUCCGUUGUACAAGAACAAAGGUGAUAUCUAG